UCAUUCAGUCCGCGGUCCGAUCCUGCCUGCUGACUUCCUACUCCAAGUGGGCUGGACGUGGACGCAGAACUAACCGCGUAGCGUAGACGCCGCUCACUGCCUGGGUCGGGAUUCUUGGCGAAUCGGCUGGUAUCUGGAAGCUGCGUUUGCCCCGCUCUGCAGGACUGAUGGCGGGCAAGAAAGCACUGAUAGUUCUGGCUCACUCAGAGAAGACGUCGUUCAACUAUGCCUUGAAAGAAGCCGCUGUGGAGACUUUAAAGAAGAAAGGCUGGCACGUCACAGUGUCGGACCUGUAUGCCUUGAAUUUUAAUCCGUUGAUCUCCAAAAAGGACAUCACAGGUGGCCUAAAGGACCCUGACAACUUUCAGUAUACAACUGAAUCUGUUCAGGCUUACAAGGAGGGGAGGCUGAGCUCGGACAUUGUCGCUGAACAGAAGAAGCUAGCAGAUGCAGAUCUUGUGAUAUUUCAGUUUCCACUGCAGUGGUUUGGACUGCCUGCCAUCCUGAAGGGUUGGUUUGAAAGAGUUUUCAUCGGAGAAUUUGCUUUUUCAUACAGCACCAUGUAUGACAAGGGGCCCUUUAAGAACAAGAAGGCAGUGCUCUCCAUCACCACUGGAGGGGGUGGCUCCAUGUAUUCACUGCUUGGUGUCCAUGGGGAUAUGAAUGUCAUUCUCUGGCCAAUUCAGAGUGGCAUUCUGCAUUUCUGUGGUUUCCAAGUCUUGGAACCUGAGCUCAUCUACGGCAUUGGGCACACUCCAGCAGAUGAACGGCUUCAGAUUCUGGAAAGAUGGAAAAACCGCCUGGAAAACAUCUGGGAAGAGAAGCCACUGUCCUUUGCUCCAAGCAGCUACUUUGAUCUGAAUUUUCAGUCGGGAUUCUUGAUGAAAAAAGAAGUGCAGGAAGAACAAAAAACCAAGAAAGUUGGGCUUUCUGUUGGCCACCACUUAGGCAAAGGCAUCCCAACUGACAACCAGAUCAAAGCCAAGAAAUAGAACACCACAAUACUUACUUUCUUUUAAGAAUUUAUCUAAUUACCUAAUUUCACUUUUAAAGUCUUCUUGACCUGACUGUCCAGGACUCCCCCUUCAUCUAUUUUGGGGGAUCAAGUGGGGAUGACAGUUCAGUGGCACUCAAAAGCUUCUAGAUACUUUUUGUAUUUGAGUUCUUAGCUUUAGCAGGUUCUAAGGAUUGUCCCAUGAGUUGGCUAAACCCGAUAUAGUCUCUAAUUCUUUUUAUUACUUGGAUUUUAUAAAUAUAGUAUGUCAAACACUGGAGAUUAAUAGAGCUUUUAUUGUUGCAGAACAAGAGUUGGAAUUUAUGUAAAUCAGGAUACGGUGUAUGUAUUUUAAAAUUAAAAAAAAAGUUUAUUCA